AUGAGGUCCCAAGCUGCAGACGCGUGUCGAAGUCUUAAUUCAGCUAAUUUGCUGAGUAGACCUUGGGCAUUUGUGUACAUGCAUGAGAGCUUCUCGGAGACCAAGAGUAUGUUAGAUUGGAUGGAUGAAGCAAAUGAGUUUACGCCGACCAUUAAAGGGUCGGCGACUAAUCGUUUUUUGGAUGGGUUGCAUACUCUCGUGAAGUAUUUGAUAUAUAAGCAGGUAUCAGAUGCCCCGAAUCCCGGUGUUUGCUCGUGCUCUU